UUGCAGUUCCGAGGAGGUAAAGUAAAAGGCGAGGAAGAAUAAAAGAAGGAGCGAGGGCGCAAGGCGGACAACGAAACGGAACGAGGAACGGGCGGCCCCAAAUGUCGACGGACAGGGACUCAGAGCGGCCGUCGUCUUCGCACUCACCAGCCGAGGCCGCGCAUCAUCGCGCGUCGACGUCGUCCAUGACGCCCGAUGCCGUCACCAGCUCGGCGAGCCCCCUGGCGGGCAUAACAACAACGACGAUGAAGACGACGAACCUCAUCGACGCCUCGCCGAUUCUCGACAUUGCCUUUUUGCACGCCAUUGCCACGCACCGGCCACUGGGUCCGCACAAGCACUUCAAUGCGGUGCCUGUCAUGCGCGCCCUCGAGCGGGCCGCCGUGCGCGAGCGCGACGUGCUCCUCGCCAACCGAAGUCGGCGCGGCCAGGGCGACAACGACGACGACGACGAGAGCAGCCUGAGCGAGGAAGACGAGGACGGCGAGGAAGGCGGUGGAGAGGAGGAUGGCGGCAGAAGCGGCCGGAACAAGAGUCGGGUCAAAAAGGAGAGUCCAGACGAGGAGGACGACGAGCAGCAAGCGGGCGAGCUGGACGCAUUGGCGCGGGACAACGAGGUCAAGCUUGUCGAUCGACAGGCAAUGUGGGCGAGGAUGGAGCAGCUGUACGAUAUGGCCGGCCUCGAAGAGCUGGAAUCGAUUGCAGUCGAGGCAGAACCGAGGAGCCCAUUCAAGCAUACUCCCCAGCACCCAGACACGCACCUCGUCGCCUCGCUCCACCCUUCGCUCAACUUCACCUAUGCCUCUCCAUCGGCCGCCAGUGGCCACAUGGCGUCGUCGUCGUCGUCAUCGUCAACGACGGCUGCGACGCCAGGACGGACGUCCAAAAAGGCCAGCCAGGCAUCGGACGGAAGUGCCGUCGUGCACUGGCCCGUUUCGUUUGGUUUUGGUAGCUGUAUGCGGCACAAGGGCCCGGCAGAAGGUGCCCUUCAGGCGCCAUCGAGAAAGAAAGCCAGGGGCAGCAAUACAGGCAGGGGAGCAGCGGUAGCAGCAACAACAGCAACAGCAGCGGGAAGCGAGAUGCAGGACGAGUUCCAGCUAGGGCCCUGGGAAGAGUUCCAGGACUUGAUCGAGGAGAGAAGAAAAGCUGGGAACGACGAAGAGGAGAAGCCGGGCCGAGACGAUCAGGAGGAAGAGGAAGCCGGAGAUGGAGAGGAUGACGAUGAGGAGACUGACGAAGACGGGGAGGAGCAGGAAGAGGAGCAGGAAGACGGCGGAGAAGGAAAGGAGGAAGAGGAAGAAGAAGAAGAAGAAGAGGACGAGAAACCAAAGGCCAAGCGCGGUCGUACUUCCAAGGGCAGGGGGGGAUCGUCGAGCGGCAGAGGUGCGGCGGCAGCCGCGAGCCGGACUCGCAGCGCAAAGCAGCCUCGCCGGUCUUCACGACGAUGAAGAAGGGGAAGCAAUGAUCAUUGAAGCAGAAUUGUUGUAGAAUACACUUGGUAAAAAGAAAGAGCUGGAGGAGCACUUCCAUGCGAGCACUUGCGUUACCGACGGAAAAGUUGAGAGCCGUGAAGGAGUAAAGUGAGCAUGGCAAGGUGCCAAGGGAGGUGCUGUCCCACUUCCAGGAUCUGGUGACGGUAGCGAGCGACACCUUCGAGGUCGUGAAAGGAGUUCGCCAUUCGACGCAUGCGCUCGUCGAGGCUGUGUUCGAGAUCGUCGUUUGUCCCCUUCUCGAGGCGGGACAAUGGGUUG